AUGGGAAAUGAUGGAGGCUCGUUACCGACGCGAAAUGAAUUAGUCAAAGAGCCACCAAAAUCGCGUCCACUCGACAUCGAUCUAAAGCGUUCUUUGAAGCAGUCGGAAAUAACCCAAUGUUCAAUAACCGGUGAUAAUUUAUCACCUCCAAUCGUUUCUUGUGGACUUGGAAGACUUUAUAACAAAGCGUCGAUAUUACAAAUGCUCUUAGAUCGCAGCAGCGUCCCUGAAGCACCUACUCAUAUUCACUCGCUGAAAGACGUUGUUGAGGUUCAUGCUGAAAAUGAAGAAGAAAAUAAAGUAUCAUGGGUUUGCCCGAUCACAAGACAUGAAAUGUCAAGCGCCUAUCAAUUUGCUUAUAUCGUCCCAUGUGGACAUGUAUUUGAAUAUUCUGCUGUGAGAGAAUUUGGAGAAAAGAAUUGCUUUCAGUGUAAUGCUCCUUAUGAACAAGAAAACAUAAUCCCCAUUAAUCCAAACGGUGAACAAAUACAAGCAUUGAGUAAGCGCUUAUUAAUGCUUACGAAAUCUGGAAAAUCGCACAGUCUUAAUUUGAAGAAGGUAUCAAAGAAGCAUAAGAAUCAAGAGAAAAAAAGGAAACACUCUAAAGAAUCCGAUGAAGUACCGUCCCUCACAUUUAUUGAUUCUGAUUCUUCCUUGGCUAAAAAAAGAAAACCUGAUUAUGAUGGUACUUCAAGCACCGAUUCCGUCAAAAAAGAACGGAUUAAGACGUAA